CAGUCAGUCUGGCUACUCCUCCAAGCAGCGCACUUCGUCGUGAAGGGGAACUGCUUUUUCAAACCCAUCUCUUUAGUCUAAUGGACAAACUCUUUGUAAAUGCUUUUUAAGAACCUCCACUCAAGGAAAUCACACUCCAGUUGCUCAACAGGCCCUGGCCUUGAGUCUUAUUUAAAGGGGUUUAAUUUCACUGGUGAGCCACCUUGGUUUCACUGCACCUGAGCGACGACAGCGCCAAAUUUCUCUCUUUCAUAUCCAAGUUGUGCAAAAAGAAUCAUGAUGACCACUGCCGCACUCACCGAUUUUGAAUUUUCUUUCCUUGACGAGGGCUUCUCUGCUCGGGAUAUUGUUGAGCAGAAAAUCAAUGAGUCAUCCUUGACGGAUGACAGGGAUGCUUUUUAUGUCUGUGACCUGGGAGAUGUCAUAAAGAAGCACCUUCGCUGGGGGAGGGCACUGCCUCGCAUUACUCCAUUCUACGCUGUCAAGUGCAACGACAGCCAGGCUGUAGUCAUGACUCUGGCAUCCCUGGGAACUGGCUUUGACUGUGCAAGCAAGAUGGAGAUCCAGCUGGUUCAGUCUUUGGGAGUGGAUCCAAGCAGAAUAAUUUACGCCAACCCCUGCAAGCAAGUUUCUCAGAUAAAGUAUGCGUCUUCACAUGGGGUGCAGAUGAUGACAUUUGAUAGUGAAGUGGAACUCAUGAAAGUGGCUCGUUGCCAUGACAACGCCAAGCUAGUGUUGCGCAUCGCCACCGAUGACUCAAAGGCACGUUGUCGUCUGAGUGUGAAGUUUGGGGCCCCUCUUAAAGCUUGUCGGGGUCUUCUUGAGCGGGCCAAGGAACUGGGGCUGGAGGUGAUUGGCGUCAGCUUCCAUGUUGGCAGCGGCUGCACCGAUGCAGAGACCUACACCAAAGCUAUUGCAGAUGCUCGCUGUGUCUUUGAUAUGGGGGAUGAACUGGGUUUCAACAUGGAUCUCCUUGACAUUGGAGGUGGCUUCCCUGGCUCGGACAACACUGAACUUAAAUUUGAAGAGAUCACUGCAGUAAUAAAUCCAGCCCUCGACAAGUAUUUUCCUGUCGACGCUGGCGUUAGGAUCAUUGCUGAGCCGGGACGUUUCUAUGUGGCAUCUGCCUACACCCUGGUUGUGAACGUCAUCGCCAAGAAGGUUAUUGCAGAUGACGAUUCUGCCUCUGAUGAGGAAGAUGAAGAAACUAGUGACAAGACUCUGAUGUACUACGUCAAUGAUGGGGUGUAUGGCUCCUUCAACUGCAUACUGUUUGACCACGCUCACUGUUUGCCAUUGCUGCAUAAGAAGCCAAAGCCAGAUGAGAUCAUGUACCCCUGCAGUAUCUGGGGCCCAACUUGUGACGGUCUGGACCGGAUUGUGGAGCAGUGUUACCUGCCGGAAAUGCAGGUGGGCGACUGGAUGGUCUUUGAGAAUAUGGGUGCCUACACUGUAGCUGCAUCCUCCACCUUCAACGGUUUUCAAAGACCUGACAUGUACUACGUGAUGUCUCGGCCCGCAUGGCAACAAUUGCAGCAGAUUAGUUCCCAGGGCCUGCCAGGUACUGUGGAGGACUCUUCCCUGUUUGACGUGCCAGCAUCCUGCGGGCGAGAGAGUAACAUGGUGAUGACGACCGAGCCCUGCCACAAACCUGUUAUCAAAACAUGCAGCAGCAAUGUGUUUUAGAUCGAGUGUGUUUGUUAAUGAUUGGACAACGUUAUCUCAACUUGUGACAUUGUCAAGGCCAGUUAAUUAACGGAAGCAUGAGAGGGACACGCUGCACACAUUUCUGGGUUUGGUUUAAUAGCUGGAGAUCAAAGAUGAAGUGAAGCUGAAUCACACUUAAACUGUCUAUGGAUUUUAAACGGGAUGGAAUAGGACUGUUUUCAUUCAUUUAGUUUCUGCAGUCCACUAUCAUCAAUGACUGAGCAAUUAUUAAUCAUUUCACUGAAAGUUCUCAUCACAGUAGAACUGAAAUCUUUGUCAAACUGCAAACAAGUUGACUGACCGCACAGUGUAAAACAUUUAAUUGAUCUAUCAACAUUAUUACGAUAACUCUUGGAGAUGGUUAGGGUUGUAAUUCAGUUUCUCAGGUGGCUGUUAUAUAUAUUUUUUUUAUUCAUGACCACUGCUUCAGUGCAGAACCUUUUCAAGAAGCACCACAUGUAAUGACUUAUGGCAAAGCAGUUUAGUGCCUGAUUCAUGCCUUUCAAUUUCUGAGAAAACGUUGACUGAAUGAAUCAUACUUUACAUAUCAGUACACUAAACUCUGAAUAUCUGCUUUAAGUAUUUGCUUCUCACUUCUGGGAAGAAAAGUCUUGAAAGGUUAGUGCUUCAAACACGGGGACUCAAAAAGCAGACUGUACCUCUUCUUUCUAACUUCAUUUAACGUUGUAGGUUUAAUAGCCAUGCAUUCUCUGUAACAUUAAGACUUAGACACAGUUUGAUCAUGCAUUUAAACUGGAUAUGAAAGAGACGGGAUUGCACAUUAUUUCUUUCCUAUGGAAAUCUUUUGAAAUUUUGUAUUUUUGUAAUAAAUCAUUAGGUGCACAGCCAAA